CUUUUUCUUUUUUCAAAGCUUUUUUCUUGUAAUUAGAUAGAUUGUUAACGUAUAAAUGUCAAUCGUUAAUAAAGUGGUAAUUAAUUUUCAAAUAAUAAAUUACAGUAUCUAUUAAUGAUAAAUUCAUCAGUUAUCUGUGAUGGGCUAACAGCAGCCGUUGUAAAUUAUGAAACUUUUCUGUUCCUAAGUAUUCUAUUUUGAAGAUUUUGGUACGAAAUGUGUGAUAAUUGUACAGAUUUUGUCAAUUUACUGGAGUCCUUCGCCGACCGGAUCGUGUCUUCGAAUGAGGAUAUAACCGAUGAAGAAGAAGAAGAAAGUCAUGAUGAUGGAGACGUUAAAGAUCUUGAUAAAUACUAUAAGCCAUCUAAAGUAUUGCUGAAAGACGAAGUAGAGCGAUUAUUCAAUUUCAUUCAUUCUUGGUUCCAAAGACAAUGUAUCUGUUGUUUUCGCGACGGUGCAAAUUACGAGAGGUUCAGUUCAUUAACGCGUAAUUUGAUUCGACUUGUCAUCAAACAAUUAUAUGUGUUCAAAUAUCAGAGCAACCAUACAAAAGAUAAUGAGAUUCCUCCGGUGUUCUUGAACAAAAAUUGUUGGGUUGCUGAUUCUUCGGAACCUACUAUCUCGAAAUCUGAAGGAAGAUGGACUUUCAAAGAAUUGGAAACGUUGUUCCAUUUAAUAGCCAAAGUUUUUCUGGUAAAUUAUCCGUUGUAUUUGCCAUUCAAACAGCCCAUUCACAUGAAAGGUGGUGAUAUGGGUAGAGAUGGAUUUUUCAGUCAAUAUUGUGAUCUCACGGAGCAAGAUGUUUCAGCUUACUUGCUUCAAAAUGUCGAUUUAUUCUGCAGGUUGGAUGGUGUCCAGUUGAUUGCCGAUUGUUUUGAUUUCCAAGACUUACCCAUUAUCAUCGCGCAUUCGCUAAUUACGAUUGUGUGUAAUUUGAAAAUGUGGCUGAAUGUUAGAUCUAUUAUUACAAUGUUCAUACCACUGCGAUCGAAAGUGCUUCGUUACAUGUGUAAUAUGUCAGAUAAAGACUUACGAACACACACCAUCAAAUUGAUUUCAGAUUACAUGUGGAGUGCUGUGAAAGAUCCAAUGGAUACGCCGGUUACAUUUGAUAAAGAUGGAUUAGAUUUGGCAUUUAAAUAUUUUACAUCAUCCACGCUGACGAUGCGUUUAGCUGGUAUCGCUCAGAUUAAUAGUCAUAUCACAACAUUCAACGAUGUAUGCAAUUCAGAAAAUAUGUUGGAGGUUGAAGGAAUUGGGCAAAGUUUGGCUAAUUGGUUAACUGAUAAUAAAAUCAUAACCCACAUUUUUGGACCUAACCUACACGUUGAAAUAAUUAAACAAAGUCACAUCAUUCUCAACUUUUUGGCGAUGGAAAGUAAAAUCACCAACGAUGAUAUCGAUAUUAUUUGGCAAGCGGCGCAGUUGAAACACUGCAGCAAACAGGUUUUUGAUUUGUUAGCACCGUUGAUAAAAAAUCUCGAACCGGCGCCGGUUACUCAUUUAUAUCAUCUGCUGUACAAAAUGGAGCCCAAAGAUCAUACCGAACAAAGUUUAUUAUUGGCUUCUUCCAUCAACAAAUUCAUUUGGUCUAGCGGUUCAACUUAUAAUAAUUUGUUGGACGAAGCUCAAACACAUUCAAAGCUUAUGAAAAUGAAGGCACCCGUUACCAGCGGCUCAGACAACAGUGGCCUGGGGGAUGCUGAAAAUUCAGAUACUGAAAUUUUGCAGGUGGAUUCGAGCUCUGAUGGUGAUGAUAUUCACGAGGAUACUGCUCCCUGCAAAAAAAUGAAACUAGCCGCUUACGCUUGGCAUAAAAAGAAGUCCUGCAAAAUGCAUCCUAAUGAAAAUGUGAAGGUCGAAUGUGUUCUUGAUGAUUCUCAAGAGGAUGGUAAAAAAGAAUCGAAGAAGUUACCUUCUCAGAAUGACUCGCCAAAUAAAGAAAAUAUCAAGAGUAAUGAAUCGCUGAAAAGACAAAGAACCGCUUCGCAAGAGGAUGUUAAAACUAGUCACGAAGAAAAGAAACAAAAACCUAUCAAAGAGGACCUGCAAAUUAGUAAGCCAAAAGUUCCUAUUAUGCGAUGCAGUGGAUCGAAAUUAGAUCAUUCUGAAGACGAAGAUGUCGAUGUGGAUGACGAAGAUGUGGACGAUGAUGACGAUGAUGAAGAUAACAUCGACGAUGACGAGGACGACGAUGAGGACGAAGAAGGCGAUAAUGAGUUAACCGAGUCGGAUGAAGAAGUACAUUCCAUUCAUCAUCAUCAUUCUCAGCGUCUCCAUCAUUCCAGCUCGCAUCAACACCAUCACGAGCACCAUCAUUCUUUGAAAAAAUCUCUGACCGAACCAUCGAUUCCGAAUAUAUUAUUGAAUGAAAUCAUGGAAGAGACCAUGAGCGGCGAAGAUUGCAGCGUAUCGUCUCGUAUGAGUACAAAAUCAGAGAAAAAUAUGGCUGAUUUUGAUGGUGAAGAUUCGGUUUGUGAUGAAGAAUUAAUGCAGUUGGCAGCUCAUGCUCAUGCUCAAGCAAAUUUAACUCCGCAGCAGCUUACCCAUAUCGCAUUUCAUGCCAGAUUACCUGUGAAUAAAAAUCUAAUAGCCACCAGCAUACAAGAUUAUUCUUCCAUGUUACCGCAUUUCAAUUUAGAAAACGUUUGCAAACCUGGUUCAACUUUAUUGUGGGAUUUAGUUCAAGAUGAUAAAAUAUGUCAGUUGGCUGAAAAUAUGGCUUACGAAGCGGAAAAAAUACUAAUCGGAUUAGUAUGCUAUAAUACAGAUAGAGCAAUCAAAAUGAAAUUUAUAGAAGGGUGUUUGGAAAACGUUCAGAAAAAUCGUUCCGUUGUGAUUUCACUGCGCUUGUUACCAAAAAUAUUCGUAUCAUUUCACCAAGGUAGAGGAAAUGUUACAAAUGAUGUGAAUCAAAUUACAUUAUGGGCUUUCCAAAAACAUUCGAUGAUGGAACGAGUGUUUGCCAAUCUGAUUACUUACAUGAAAGAACGCAGUCCAGGUGAUAUUCAUUCUCACUUGACGCAUGUUCAAGUACGGCUGCAGUUCUUGUCCCACGUUUUUUCUCCUUCCGGUCUUCCAGAAUCUAUUCGAUUGAUGAUCGCAGAGUUGGAUACUUUGUGGCAAUGUUUAGCUCGCGAUCCUGAAACUAGCGACGACUUCUUCAGCUGGUUAUUACGUCAGGUCAAGUGUAAAGAACAGCAUGCUCUUGAUAGCGAAACAUUGAAGUAUUUGUAUACAAAACUCAUGCCUUCGUUGGCGCCUGAGGAUAUGACAAUGGUCGCGUUGUCGUUACUUCAACAACUCUGCAACAUGUCGAGAACCAGGGAGUCACCAAUGAAACAGAACAGCGAUGCUUUGGCCAUGGAACUUCUGUGGAAAAUUGCUCUCAGGGCUAACAAUACAGAUGUCAGUUUAGCAGCUAUGCAAUACAUAAAUAAUUACUACAUGUGUCGCCAACUGGAACAAGAACCUGAGUUCAUUAGCCAGUGCAUGGAAAAUUUAUCGGCAGCUUCGAAAGAAUUGCAUUCUGGCGAAGAAUCAACCUUGUUGUGUAUUCAAAGAGCAUUAUUACUUUUGAAAACUCACUUGGAAACAUUCAAACGGAGGUACGCUUAUCAUUUACGAAGAUGGGCUUUAGAAGGACAAGGUAUCAGUAGCCAUGUAAUUAGUUGGGAAUUGGGUGCUGUACCUUUGCAUAUCAUCGUUCAUGCGGCUGGAAUGACCGAUAAAGUUACCUUAGAUAUGUCGAGUACAGAUUAUAUAGCCGAUUUAAGAGCUGAAGUGGCGAAAUGGUGGGAAGCGAUGACGAUCAAACGAUGCCAAGCGAAUGAUGAGUUACCAAGAAAUGCAGUGAAACCGAUCAUGAUUCCUGAUGGGCAGUUGAGAAUGAUUACUCAAGGGCAAGAAUUAUUGAUUGAUUAUGAUGAAAAAACUUUAGCAGAAAUGGGCUUCAAAGAUACUCAGAUCGUUUACGUAUCAGUUGGCGCUAGUCGCAUGAAAAAGAAGGGAGAAGGAAUGGAGACUCCGUCCUUAUUACCUCCACCAAAACGUGAACAUAUUCCAACAUUGCUGUUAUUGCUUCCCGAAUAUUUCGAAACUCUGUUCAAACUGAUGCAUACCCUGAGCACGAUUCCUGGAAAAACUGGGCAACAGCAUCAUACAAGGGCUCAAGUUCUAUCUAGAAGAGUGUGGGAUAUUUUGACGCUUCUGCCUACAAACCCUACGUUAUUAGAAGGAUUUCAAAGGUUGGGAGCCGAUUCGGAUAAAUCCAGCACGGAUAAUUCGCAGCUAGAAAAUUUACUCAAUACAUCUAGUCCUCAAAAAUUAAUGUACUCUUUGUACAUUGUCGAAGCUUUAACUCGUCCUACUUACACGAAGAAUUUGGUUAAUCAGAGCAUUAACAGAGUGGUAGAAGGACCUAAUAAUAAUUGGAGUGAAAUUUUCAUCCAGAAAAAUGGACUGAAACAUUUAUUCGACAUUUUUAUGUCCGGUACCUUACAGAAUGGUAGCGAAUGGCAUCAAGACUGCUUGGCGCAUUUAUUAAAAUUACUUUGCCAAUUGGGUGUGCCAUUGGAAGAUAGACAUUCGUUGGAAUUAUUUGAUAGUUUUGGUAUUGCUACAUUACUGCCAAAUAUCACAAAAUCGAAAAGAAGACGAUGUAAUAAACAAGAGAAAUUAGUGAUUCCAUGUCUUAAUCAAACAAUGUUGGACUUAAUGGAUAUAAAUACGGUGAUGCCUCGUUUCAAUAGCAUUUUGAUGGAAAUGGCGUCACCUCGAGACUUGACUCAUUACAAAACUGGUUUUUGGGGCCGAGCACAAGUGGUGCACUUUGCGAUGGCUUUAUUAGUAUCGUGGUCUAAUUCAAACCCGCAAGUUAGCCGUGCUCUGGUUAUGUCAAAAAAUGCUUCGGGGUGGUUAUCACGUUUAGUUUUGGAAGAUCCGGAUCCUACUGUUCGUAGGGAAAUAUCAACAGCCUUGUUCAGAUUAUGUACCACUAAUCAAGAUAUUGUGGAAGUUUUAUUCACUACGUUGAAUUCGUUCAUGGAUAAAGCUGAAAGGAUGCGUCCUCAAAGACACGAGACCUUCCAGCAUCCUCAAGAGGAAGGUAAAGAGCCGUAUGGACCCACUUGUCGAGAUUAUUUUUGGUUAUUGUGUCGUCUAGUUGAUCUCUUACCUGAUGAAUUGAAAGAAAGUAGUAAUUCGUCAUCUCUCGACUUGACUGAAUUUACAAAUACCGCGUGGAGAUUGAUAGCUCACAGAGAAUGCGUAGAAAGACGUCAUACUCCAAUUGAAGACGAUGGUCUUGUUGGAUUACUCAGCUUCAUGUGUAACUUACUGAAAUACGAUAAAAUAUUCAAAGAACUGGGAUUGGAAGCAGUUGAUGAUAUUUUCGAGUAUUUAUUCGCUCUGCCGGACGCUACUAAUCGUCAUCUGCCUAAAUGCAAAUCUCAAUCAUCUCGUUCGGCUGCUUACGAUUUACUGGUAGAAUUAGUGAAAUCCUGUACCGAAAAUUAUAAACAUCUACAUGCUAAAGUUCUAGCUCAACAUAAACCAGGUCCCUUUGGUCCAUAUCCAUGGGAUUACUGGCCUCAUGAAGAUGGACGAUCAGAAUGUGGAUUCGUUGGGUUGACUAAUCUUGGAGCUACCUGUUACAUGGCGUCUUGCAUGCAACAUCUCUAUAUGAUGCCAGAAGCUAGGAAUUCUAUAUUGAAAGCUAAUUAUAUCGAAAACGCAAAACAUUCACAAAUUCUGAAAGAGCUACAGAAAAUGUUUGCGUAUUUAUUGGAAAGUGAAAGGAAAACAUACAGUCCUCGUAGUUUCUGUAAAGUAUAUACAAUGGAUCAUCAGCCUCUGAACACUGCCGAACAAAAAGAUAUGGCCGAAUUCUUUAUCGAUUUGGUAUCCAAACUCGAAGAAAUGACCCCCGAAUUGAAAGAGUUGGUGAAAAAUCUUUUUGGUGGAAUUAUCAGCAACAAUGUCGUAUCUUUGGAUUGUAGUCACGUUAGUUGUACACUGGAAGAAUUUUACACGGUACGUUGCCAAGUCGCUGAUAUGCGAAGUCUGAUUGAAUCUUUGAACGAAGUUACGGUUAAAGAUACUCUGGAAGGUGAUAAUAUGUAUACGUGUUCUCAAUGUGGUAAAAAAGUACGCGCUGAGAAAAGAGCUUGUUUCAAGAAGUUACCAAAAAUUUUGUGUUUUAACACAAUGAGAUACACGUUCAACAUGGUGACUAUGACGAAAGAAAAAGUAAACACGCAUUUCUCUUUUCCAAUGCGCUUGGAUAUGUCCGAAUAUGUAGAAAAGCAUCUUAUACCGCAGAAAAGUAAUGAACUCGAACAAAAUCCCAACGACACCGAAGAAAAUUACGAAUACGAAUUAAUCGGCGUUACAGUACAUACAGGGACAGCAGAUGGCGGUCAUUAUUAUAGUUUUAUUAGAGAUCGUUCUUAUACCGUUAAGCGGGAUAAAUGGUUCCUAUUUAAUGAUGCGGAAGUGAAACCUUUCGAUCCUAAUCAAAUCCCAGCCGAAUGUUUCGGCGGAGAAAUGACGAGCAAAACGUACGAUUCAGUUACCGAUAAAUUUAUGGAUUUAAGUUUCGAGAAAACAAACAGCGCGUAUAUGUUAUUCUAUGAACGUGUAAAUAAAGACGAAACCAAAGAACAAGCAUGGUGCUCUUCGGAAGGCGGUUCCAAGGAAGAAUCGUCUGAAUGUUUUGAAGAACCCAGUUCGUUAGUACCUGAUAUCAAACUAAACAAGGAAUUGGAAGAUUGGAUUUGGCAAGAUAAUAGACAGUUUUUACAAGACGAAAAUAUUUUCGAACAUACGUAUUUCCAAUUCCUUUGGCAAAUUUGUGGCUUUAUUCCCCAAACGUUGGAGAAUCCUCAAGAAAUGACCGAAAUGGCUGCUCAGUUAACUACGACGUUCUUUUUGGAGACGUUUAUUCAUUCGAAAGAAAAGCCUACUAUGGUUCAGUGGGUGGAAUUACUUACGAAACAGUUCAACAUGUCGCAGAACGCCUGUGAAUGGUUCCUUCAACAUAUGGCCGUAGAUAACUGGUGGCCGGUGCAGAUAUUGAUCAAAUGCCCCAAUCAAAUGGUCAGACAAAUGUUCCAGAGAUUGUGUAUUCAUGUGAUACAACGAUUAAAAUCGGCUCACCAAGCUUUGUACUUGAAGACAGAUUUUUGCGACGAAAACGACGAUGUUACUAAUAUUGACUCGGAAAAAGUUGGUUGCUUGUCUUGUGUAACCAUGUUCAUUAGAAUGUUGCUAUCUCUGCUGGAACAUAGUGCUAAAGCUCACUGGAAGAAUUUAUCAGAAUAUUUCACAUUGCUAAACGAAUUUUGUAAAAUGGGUGAUCAAGAAAGUCAAUUUUUACUGUCCAUAAAUACUAUUUAUUCGAUGGCUAAUUUUUAUCUCGGUCAAAAACCCACUGAUCUCAUGGAAAUGAUUGCCGAAGAGGAUGAAGAAGACGAGUUACUUGCUAUUGCUAGCGAACGAAGUAAGCCAACAUCGCUUGAGAAGAUGAUUACAUUGAUCGCUACUCUGGUUGAAAAAGCUCGAGGACAAGAUCAUACGUUAAAAUUAACCGCUCUCGAUCAUCAUAUAAUUGCUGGAGGAAAAGGCUUCCUGUUUCUUAUUCAACAAAUCAAAGAUAACAUCAAUCUUCAUCAAACGAGGAAUCUAAUAUAUUCGUUAUGCAGAUGGAAUGAUCCUCUAGCUAAUCAAAUUGUAACCGUUAUAUUCAAUACCAUACAGAAAUUGAGCAGUAAUCCAGAUACAUGCCAGCCAUUUUAUCGUAUAUUGACGUUGCUCUGUGAAAUGAACGGUUCGUCGGGAUUGCCAUGCUUCACUCAAUUGAUUUUACGUCGAGUUUGGGACGUAGCUGAUAUUUCACCGUACGCUGUCUUAGAUUGGUUAUCAUUACAAGUACCGAGGAAUAAAAUUAUCAGUAGUUCUGUAUUAUCCGAUGUGGAUACUUGGCUGGAAAGAUUUUUAAUGGCUCAUAAUAAUCAACGUGUUCGAUCUGCUGCCGCAUAUCUACUUAUACAACUCGUACCAUGCCCUCAAUUCCGUCAAGGGUAUAGAAUAAACAGAGUGCUUUGCAGUCCACAAAAGGAUCUAAAUAUGACACCCGAAUCUCGAAAAGUUUUGCAUCAAGUGUAUACAGCCUUAUUGAAUCAUUUGAAAGCAGCAAAAACCUACGUAGAUGUUUCAACUCACAGCACUGCUAAACUCACAGCGUAUUUUUCGAUUUUAAAUUAUUGUACUAUUUCGAGGACGGAAAAGUUACUGUUCGGACCUUAUUUGAACGAUUUAUGGCAUAUAUUUUAUCCUAAAUUAUCGGAACCUGGUAUUCCGGUCAAUCAGAACAAACAAGCAUUGCUAAUUUAUUGGAACACCGUAUUAUCAGAUUGCCCUGAAAAUGUUCAGUUAAUGUUACAGAAUAGCAACAUCGUUAAAAAUUUGCCUUUUAAUUAUAUUCUUGCUGACAAUGAUGACCAAGAGGUGAUCAUGUUCAACAGGUUUAUGUUACCGGCAUAUUAUGGCAUCCUACGAUAUAUGUGCUUACAUUCUCGUAAUUUCACCAGGCAACUGGCAAAUCAUCAAAAUAUGGCUUGGGCCUUUAAAAAUAUUUCAAUGUAUCCUACUCAAUAUCCGAUGACUGUGGAUGAAUUAUUUAAACUGAUGCAAUUAUUUGUCAAAACAUAUCCUGACAGCACCGAACAAGAAUUAGUCGAAAUUCGAAUGUUUCGCAAACAAACGUUACAACUUUAUACGCAGGUUCUUGAUCCACGAUCUGGUUGGGGAACAUUGAUUCCAGCUGUUAAAUUAUUAGUCGAAUCGGAUGAAGAUAGAUUAUGUUUCAUUUUCAACGGAGGACUACAUAUGUGUUUCCAAGCUUUCCAAUUAUUGCAUAACAUGUACCAUGAAGCUACCGCUUGUCACGUUUACACAGAAAUCGUAGAUUUACUCACUAUAAUAAACGAAUUUUUGAAAUGUCUUCGAGAAUUCCGUAACGAGAAAGAAGUCCAAAAAUAUCUACUCGCGUGUAAAGAUUGGUCGGAAAUCAUAAAGAAAUUGUUUACUUUGUUGAAUACGUACAGUUGCCCUGAAAUGCGCUCUGUUGUAUUAGAUAUUCUGAGAGAAAUGGUUACGCUGCUGCCGAAUGACGUGAUAAACGUCAUGGUACCAUUUUUGUCACAGUAUCAUGGCGUUUGCGAAGAUUCGAAUGUGUCUCCUGUUAGCACUAAUACGGCUAUUGGACCAUACUUUCCUCGACGAGGGCAUAAGAUGCCUUCGAUGAUGCCGAAAAAUAGCGCUCGUCCGAUUCGUCCUAUAAUUCAAAUGGCUGUGAAUGUAAAUUUAAUCGAAGUGUCGAAAGGCGUUGAUCCUGAAUACGAUAAAGCCAUAACAGCAUUCUAUUCGCCGUAUCAUAAUAUGGUCAACGCAGUUUGUCGUCUGGCUGUUGAACACGAUUGUUUGGCUGAACAAGCGAUAGCUUUAAGCGCUAAACUCGGCUUGGAAGGAGCUACACUUCAUUUUGCCAUCUUCCCUAAAUUUUGGACUGAUUUGUAUCAGUCUCAAACUCAGAUGCGUGAUAGUUCGAGUUCCGGUAAAGAUUAUGUUGGUAUGUUGGUUCAAAAUCGACUCUUCACUGAGUACGUAGAGACUGUGUUAUUAGAGGAACGAGUUUCCCUCGUGAAUUACACCAUUUAUCAAUGCAUAGGCACGUUUUUACCAAAGGUAGCUAGUACUGUGUUAACUGAACAAAAUAUUAAAAUGAUGCAAAACGUUAUCACACUGAUGGAUACCGAUAGCAAUGUGGAUAAUAAUCCCGUACAAACUACCGGUACGCUGAGAGCGUUAACUUUAGUCUUCGAUCAAGUAAGCCCGCCUGCCGAACUGCAACCAAAAUUGAACGCGUUAAUAGAAAAGGCGAAUGCGGCGACAAUGAUGAAUCCCAAAGAGGAUUUGAACGUUGACGAUGAUGAUGAUUUAGAGGAAGACGAAGAAGAAGAAGUCAGUGACGAAGAAGAGGAAAUUAACGAUGUCGUCGACGAUGACGACGACGACGACGAUGAAGAAGAGGACGAAGAAGAAGACGAUGAAGAUGCUUUGCGAAGAAUAGUCAAUCAAGAAGGCCAAGCCGGAGUAAAAAUAUUAGGAUUGAAGAAAAAUAAAGAAUCAAAGCAUCGGAGUUCUCAACAGUAAAGUUACAAACUGCAUUGUGGAGAAAAUUCACUCAUUCGUCGAUUAACGUAAUUCGAACGUUUUAACAAUGCGAUCCAUUUUAAGUUUAAUUUACUGCCUCGGAUUAUCCUUUUUUUUCCUUUCAUUUUGUUCGUUUCGUUUCAUAUUUUAAAAUCGAUCUUAUCGUUUAAAAUCAAAUCAUUACGCAUCUCGUGUUUUGUGCUUAACCAACUGUCGCCCUCGUGUUUGAAAAAUUGUUGUUCCCUAAUUUAUAAUAUACCUAUACACCUAGACCUACAUGUUAUUUUUACUUCUACUAUAAAAUAUAUAUUCAUUUUUUUCUAAUUUAUGACCUUUUUUUUUAAAAAAAUGAUUUUGUUCGUUUUGUAGAGAUAUUAACAGAAAAAUUCGGGUGUUGUUUGUUUCAUAUGGCCGUAACUCAACUCGUUUGCGAAUAGUUUUAAUUUUUAAUAACUUUUAUUAUUUUUGUAUUCGAACAUUUUUUUUUUUUUUGUUUGUUGAAAAAGAAAUGAAACUCAUUUGUAAAUAUUUUUAGCAAUUUGUUUUCCUUUUGUACAUUUUGUGAUUCAUUGAAUCGUAUCAGCAAUAUAAUAAAAUAACAAUAAUGCUAUAAUUAUUUUUUUUUGGUGGUAUUUAAAGAUUUUUAAAAUGAAAUUUAUAGAGUAAAAUUUGUUUUUGUUUUA